AAACCUUUGUAUCUUUUGAAUAGCUAAAACAUCAAGGAAACUGACCUUCACAUCUCUUCUGCAAGCUAAGGGAAAUGGUUUUUAGCUGGAAAAGGAAGAGAGCUGCUCAGGAAAAGCUGAAGAAAGGCGAGGAGUUGGUGAUACCAAACCAGUUUCUUUGCCCAAUAUCUCUAGAUCUUAUGAAAGAUCCGGUGACAUUGUCUUCUGGGAUAACGUAUGAUCGGGAGAGCAUUGAAGCGUGGCUUGAAGGUGGGAGUUUUACGUGCCCGGCGACAAAUCAAGUGCUAAGGAGUUUGGAUCAGAUUCCUAAUCAUAGUCUUAGGAGAAUGAUUCAAGAUUGGGGUGUGGCGAAUCGGAACUACGGCGUCGAACGAAUCCCAACACCUAGAGUUCCGGUUUCGGGGAUUCAGGUCUCGGAGGUUCUUCUUAGUUUGGAGGAUUCAGUGAAGAGUUUGAAUGGACUACAGUGCCUAGAGUUGGUGCACAAAAUCAAGAAAUGGGGCAGUGAAAGCGAGCGUAACAGGCGUUGUGUCGUAGCGAAUGGAGCAAUUCGUGUGCUUGCAGCUGCAUUUGAAGCGUUUGCGAGGGAUUCUUUUGAAAGCAAUGCUACUUUGUUGGAGGAGAUAUUAUCCAACAUGAAUUGGAUGUUUCCUUUUUUCCAACAUUCACUUGAUACGGAAGCACAAGCACGUUUAGGAUCGCAAGAUUCUUUACGCUGCUUGGUGUGGUUCUUGAAAUGUAGAGAUCUUUCGGCGAAGCAAGACUCCAUGAUUGCAUUGAAAGAACUUGCUUCUUCAGACCAAAAGCAUGCAGAAGCACUGGCAACCAUUGAAGAGGUGAAUGAAGUGCUAUUUAGGCUCAUUAAGGAACCAAUUUGCCCUACAAUCACCAAAGCUUCUCUUAUGGUAAUAUUCUAUCUACUCUCAUCUCCUCCCUCCACUAGCACAGAGAUCAAAUCAGAAUUCGUCAAGAUGGGCCUGCUCUCUUUGUUAUUAGAAGUUACUGUAGACUCAGAAAAGAGCACAAGUGAGACAGCAUUAGGUGUCUUUGACAUACUUUGUGAUUGUGAAGAAGGUAAAGAAGAGGCCUCUAGGAAUGCUUUAACAUGUCCAGUCUUGGUGAAGAAAAUCUUAAGGGUAUCAGAAUUGGCAACCCAGUUCUCAGUCUCCGCCAUUUGGAAGCUUAGCAAGCAUGAAAAGGAACACGACGUGAAUGUCCUGGUUGAGGCUCUUCAAGUAGGUAUAUUUCAGAAGCUAGUGUUGCUCUUACAGCUGGGCUGUGGGGGUGAGACCAAAGAGAAGGCGACAGAACUUUUGAAGCUGAUGAAUCCUUACAGAGCUGGAUUGGAAUGCAUUGACUCAGUAGAUUUCAAAAAUCUAAAACGGUCAUUCUGAAACACUGAAGAUUUUGGAAUAUUCUGUUCAAACUCUUUUUUUUUUUCAGAACAAUUUUGUAAUUUGAAAUGGUAAAUUCAACAUUAUACACUCUAAUUUCUUCUCCUGUUUAUUGUAUGAAUGAUU